AUGAAUCAAUAUGAUGGAACCAGUCAUCCUGAAGAAUGGGUUAAGCAAGUGCGAUUGACCUUUUAUGAUAAAAAUAAAAAUGUUGGCAGUGAACAAGAAAUUGUUGAUUUUUGUAAACUACAUAUUCCUUCUUAUAUCAAAAUUCCUCCUGAGACCGAUUCCUUUGUUGCGUUAAUAAAUGCCUUAAAAUCAGAUGUUUCUUAUGAAAGCUUUAAAGGUUCAGUUAAAAGGAGAUUAAUAGCAUUAAAAGUUAGUUUCGUUAAUGAAAGUGAUAUUUUAACAUUCUUGAAUACAUUUCAACGGCACUGUUAUGAAGGAGAAAUCAAUGAAAUUGGAGAACAAAAACAAAUGUUCUUAAAUUUAUUGCCAAGAGAUUCUAUACAACAUUCUUUUGUUCGUUUGAACUUUGAUAAAAUUAAUUCAAUGAAAGAAUUACUCGAGUAUUUUGAUCAAAGUCUUUUAGAAGAACCUAGAAUCAUUAAAAAAAAUUCUUUUAUUACUUUAAAACAUGUUGCAACUGGAAAUUAUUUGACUUCUAGUCUUAGACUGAGUUAUUCAGAUUCGCGGAAUAAUGUGGUUUUUGCAGCUCCUGUUACUUCAGAGUAUUUAAAUAAUUCCGUAUGGGAAGUUUCAAAAUAUGAUUCUCAAGAUGGAAACGCCCUUUGUUACGGUAACUUAUUUCAGUUGAUCCAGAAUAGUGAGUUGCGCUAUAUUAUGGAAAUAUCUGAUUCAAUUAAAUCUCCUGCGACAAAACAUUCACAAGUAUCCAUUGGAAGACCAAAAUCAUUAUCAUUAUAUCAUUGCAAAGGUGUCAAUUCUAUAAAUUCACCUUACGUAUAUGAUAAAGAUAUAGUUUAUUUACAAGAUAAUAAUGGCUUUACAUUACGUAGUCAUGAGUUCACUUUUACUAUCCGCGAUAAGAACCUUCAAGAAGUUGUUGGUCAUAAAGAGAGACUUGGUGGAAAUGACGAG